GCAAGCCCGAGAAGUCCCAAAAGUCAAGAGCCAGCCCAAAGUUAGCGUCGUCGUGUAGUCGUCUUUCUCAAGAGUCAAGAGCAUCAUUUCACCUAGUACCCAGUAAAUGGAGGCGCUCGUGGUGCGGCAGCUGGGCGAUCCCACCCUGCCCCCUGGCGGUGAAGCCUCCCCGUUCGCCGCGGUCUCUGGGGAUCACCCAGUGCCGGAGAUCUCAUCGCCGACGGCUGUCCGAGUGCGAGUCGCGGCGACCAGCCUCAACUUCGCCACGUUCCUCCAGGUGCAGGGCAAGUACCAGGAGCGGCCCCCGCUUCCGUUCGUGCCUGGAUCCGACUACUCUGGCGUGGUCGACGCAGUCGGUCCCGGCGUGCGUGGGCUCCGGCCCGGCGACCGCGUCUGCUCCUUUACCGGCCUCGGUUCCUUCGCUGACUUCAUCGUCGCCGAGGAGAAGCAGCUAUUUUUGGUGCCUGAUGGAUGCGACCUGGUCACAGCUGGGGCUUUACCAGUUGCAUUUGGUACAUCACAUUUGGCCCUUGUUCACCGAGCCCAAUUGAAGGCUGGCCAGGUGCUACUUGUUCUUGGUGCUGCUGGUGGUGUCGGGGCAUCUGCUGUGCAAAUAGGAAAAGUUUGUGGUGCUGUUGUUAUUGCAGUUGCUAGGGGGGCUGAGAAAUCGGAUUAUCUCAAAUCCAUAGGUGCCGAUCAUGUAAUUGACUCAAGCAAGGAUAAUGUUAUAGAAAGUGCCAAGUCUUUCUUAAAGGCUAGAGGCUUGAAAGGUGUUGAUGUUUUAUAUGACCCAGUCGGGGGGAAAUUAACUCAAGAUAGCCUGAAACUUCUCAAUUGGGGAGCACAAAUUCUUGUCAUCGGAUUUGCCAGUGGUGAUGUUCCAGUUAUUCGAGCGAAUAUUGCUCUUGUUAAGAACUGGACAGUUCAUGGUUUGUACUGGGGAAGCUACUUAACUCACCGGCCACAAGUACUCAUUGAUUCGCUCAAUGAACUCUUGUCAUGGCUUUCAAAGGGUCUGAUAACAGUUCAAAUUUCACACUGCUACAGACUUGUUGAGUAUACAAUUUUCCACAGGUCCAUCUUGCUUUCUCUGCCCUGAGAGAUAGGAAGGCGGUUGGCAAAGUGAUGAUUGUAAUGGGCUCCUCAGCUGUACCAAGGCUCUGAUAUCAUUCAGAAACGUUUCUCUACGAGAUCAUACCAAGGCUCUGUUAUCAUUCAGAAACAUUUCUCUACGAGAUCAUGAGGCUUAUACUGUGUAUCUCUUUUAUCAUCUGAGACUGAAGUAGUUUCCUUGUCAAUAAUGUGGUGUAUGAUCUACAAAAAUAAUCAGAGAAAUAAGCAGUUUAUAUCGACACAGUGCCAAGCAGCAUAUACAACUGAUGAGAAACAGCUCUACCAUGCCAAUGCUGUGAGUAGUGGCAUGUACAAUAAAUACAACCUGAUUAACCAGCAUCUAGAUCGCAAGGAUUGGAUUAUGGUGGCAGUGGGAAGACCUCGCCGUUUUUUUUAUGUUUUACACCAUUAGGUGAUCUUAUUCCAAAUAUGUUGUGUAUUAAAUAUAAUAUGUAGCUCCUUAGAAGCGGAUGCACUCGACCAUAGCAAAGUGUACAACAACGAGAAAAGAGAGGCUUAGGUGUUGUUUGGUUCAAGAAAUGUACAACAACGAGAAAAGAGAGGCUUAGGUGUUGUUUGGUUCAAGAAAUGUAACGCAAAUGGUAAUGGUAAUGGUUUACGUUCGAUUA